UCAAUUUCCUAAGCAAUAUAGACGGUUCUCAUAGAUGCGCCUUUUUCGCUUAGGAUUUUUGGUAAUGCAGAGUGCGGGUCUUGUACAGUGCGUGCUUAGAUGCGUCCAAAUUAGUUAAUUUAUGAUUCUACAUCGUAGUUAGUAAUUCAUUUGUGUAACCAGAUAGGCGGUAAAACAUACGAACAAGGGCGUGGUCGGCGGUUUAACCUUUAUGACAGUUUUAAGUAAUUUAGUAGUGCUUGUAUUAGUAAAGUCAACUGUUUGCGCAUACGAUAUAAAAUUGUCUUUGAUCGGGGUGAUAAACGAUUAGAGUAGGUAAAUAGGUACCUAUUUAGUGCCUAUAUAAUAGUUGUAACAAGAGACAGAUUGGCUACACACUGUCAGCAGAUUCAAUGGACAGAACACAAGGGUCUCGCGGAAACAAGCUGGUCAUGUUGGCGCUGAACAAGAAAACUAAACAAACGUUCCAACCCGCGGUAAAAAUUAAAAACCGUGAGACGUCGGAAGAUUUAGAUUAUUAUCCCACUGACACUAGUUCGCAAAAUAAUGAUAGUGAUAGCGACACGACAAGUGAGUGCAAGGAAGAAAAUAAAAAUUGUUCUUCUAAUUUAGUUGUGAAAAGUAGCGCUGGUCAUGGAGUUAUUAACGACAUUAACUCAGGGAAUUCUCUGACGGAAAUCUCACCUGUCACACGCAUACCCUCGAGAAGUCCAGUCCUUCUCGAUAUUUCUAGCUCUAUUGUGCCAGUUCACUUUGAUACUCCCGAAGUAGAGGACUCACGCUCUUUUAUGACAGAAGUAAGAAAUUCUGAGUUAGAGACAGUCACUGAAUUAUUUGAAUCAACACGCUCUUUUAUGACAGAAGUAAGAAAUUCUGAGUUAGAGACAGUCACUGAAUUAUUUGAAUCAAUUACGGAAGCAGUCGAGCCACCAGUUCAAGGCGAGGUUGUUGUAGCGGAUCCUGACGAUUUCGUAGAUAUCGACGGCGCUGGAGUAAGUAAUAACGCAUCUGUGGUCCAAUACACUAAAAAGGGAACAGUUCGAAAAAGAAAAAAGUUCGAGUUGUCAGUGAGUUCAAGAAAAAAAGCUAAGCAUGAAUCACUUGCAAAAAAGCACUGCGUUAAAGAUAGUUGUGGGAAAGAUUGUUUAAAAAAAUGCGUGUCAAAGAUAUCAGAAGAGAGAAAACAAUUUCUGAAUAGCGAAUUUUGGAAAAUGUCAAACGAUAAAGACCGAAAAUCUUUUAUUUUACAUCAUAUUUCAUCAAGACCAGUGAAACAGAGAACAACCUUACAAAGUGAUCUUGGUUAUCAAAGAAAUAUCACUUAUAACUAUGCACUGAAAAAUGAAAAUGGAACAUCUCAAAAUGUAUGCAAAACUUUUUUUCUCGCAACUCUAGGUUUUAAUAAACAAAGUGACAAAGUUAUCCGCACAGCUUUACGUAAUGCUAACAAUUCUGUAGUGCCUGUGCCUGACUUGAGAUGCAGGAAGCAACCGCACAAUAAAAUAGACGAUGAAGUGAUCCGUAAUCAUAUUGUAUCUUACAACCCCACUAUCUCACACUACCGGAGAGAACAUGCACCCCAACGUCUUUAUCUUCCUAGUGACCUUACUUUUGCUGCAUUACAUCAGGAUUUCCUAACCAAACAUCCAGACCUAAAAAUUUCCUAUGAAAAGUACCGUGUAGUAGCUAAGAAAAUGAACAUAUCGCUAGCAAAUCUAGGACACGAAGAAUGUGAAAGUUGUGAAGGGUUUUCUCUACAUGAUAAAAGUCACACAAAAGACAAUCUAGAAGAAACUUGUGAUGUUUGUAGAACUUGGAAAAAACAUAUAGACAGAGCAACAAAGUCGCGUGAACACUACAGAGAUGAUGGUAAACAACCAGAAGAAGCCGGUAAGGUUAUGUACUGCGCCGACCUGGAAAAAGUUAUUAUGCUACCAAGACUGGAAACGUUUAAAACAGCAAUUUUCACAAGCAGAAUUACAGUUUACAAUGAGAGCUUUGUACCAAUUGGCAAAAAAAAGAAUAGCAAAACGUUUGCCGCUGUUUGGCACGACGCUUUAUUUAAACGCAGUAAAGAUGAAAUAAUAAGCGCAUUUUACCAAUUUGUCCUUAUGAAAAGAGACGCUGUCAAAAUAACAUUGUGGCUUGAUAAUUGCUCUGCGCAAAAUAAGAACUGGUCAUUCUUCUCAUUUUUGCUCUACAUUGUUAAUUCGGAUGAAAUUAAUGCUAAUGAAAUUGUUAUAAAAUAUUUCGAGCCCGGCCAUACAUUUAUGGCCGCAGAUUCUUUUCACCACAAAGUCGAGCUGUCGAUGAAAAAGAUGGGCAACAAACUAUACGAUUUUGGAGAUUUUGUUCAAGCCGUAAAACAAGCCUCACGGCAAACUGAAGUUCUACCAAUGGAAUUACAGCAUUUUUUUAUUUGGGAGGAUUACACUUCGCAAUAUAAACUUAGUCGAAUUAACCCCCGGCCCUAUCUAAAUGAAAUAGUCCAAGUAUCAGUCCAUAGAGGUUCCCUUAUUAUGACAUACCAAAAUGACUUUGACGCUCCGAUAAUUGAACUUGAUUUUCUCAGUGCCAAAAUUACGAAGAAUAAAAAACUGCCUCCUCCAAAAAAACAACAAAAAGUUCUAGGAAUUCCAUCCAAAAAAAAAGCAGCAAUAAUAAAAAAUCUAGGUGCAAUAAUGAAGAACAGGCUUCAGUUUUGGAAUGAGCUUCCAGUUUCACAAGACGAGGACUCUAACUAACAUUUGUGUCAUUAUUUGCUUUCAUCUAAUAUGUUAAAGUUCAUUUACUCUCAAUUUAAAUCUUUGUGUAAAAAGUAUGUAAUAAACUUGCAUUACUCUUCUAGACGUAUCUCAGAUUUGUAGGAAAAUCCUAAGCCUAACAGGCGCAUCUCAUUUUUUAAUUAAAAUAUUACUGUCUAAAAAAAAAGUUUGUCAAAUUUGUUCAUAAUUCAUACACAUCACUACAAACAACUGUUGAAAAAAUCACAAAAAAUACAAAAUGAGAGUGCUGUAACAAAAAUCAGAUAAAUCGCAAUAACUCAAAAAGUUGAAAUAUUUAGAUGCGUCUUUUUGGCUUAGGAC